GUUGCUGCGGUGUCGUUAAAGAACACAAACAAACACUGACGGUGAAAAUGGGAAAACAAAUUGUGAUCAUAAAUUCCUGUGAUGUCAUUAAACAAAAACAAAAAAGUUAUAACUGUGUUGCAGCGCCUUUAAUGCAAAUGGAAAAGAACAAUCGUGACCGUGUGGUCGGUGUGUUAGAUUUUCUGAUUUCCAAUCUCGUGAUAGGUCCUCUUGUUGUGUUCUACUGGCGAGGAACAUGGGAACUGCUGGACGUGCAUCUCUUCCCGGAAUCUCCCGAACUGAGCAACUGGGUUUCGUUAAUCAUCGGUGUCGUCAUAGCCGUGGCAUCAGGUCUCCUCCAGUCAGCGUUUUGUUGGGUUUCUCUCCGGAUUUCACCUGCAGUGUUAGUCAUAUUUUCUCGGGUGUACGGCUAUGUUCUUGCUUUUGGAGUCGUCAACCAUUGGAGAGGUGUAUGGCUGCUCCUUAAUGCGUACACCGGAAAUAGCUGGCUCAGCCCUAUGUUGUGUUUGGUGAUCGGUUCCGGAUUACUAUUUGCCUUUCGUUCGUAUCGGAAUGUCCUAACGACGCCUGUCGUUGUUGGUCUCGACAUAUUUCCCGAAUCGUAUUUCACAAUAUCGACACGAUUCAACCAAAAGGCGAUCCGUCAUCGGUUCCUUCUCGAUCUCCUGUUCUCCGUUCUCGUGAUCGCCUCGCUCGUGGUCGUCGUCUGGCGCGGAUUCUGGGAGAUCCUCAACAUCUACCUCUCCUCCGACGACGUCGUCAUCAGCGGCUGCUACUCCCUGACCAUCGGCUACGUCCUCGUCUGUCUACUGGCGCUGGGGCAGCGGCCUCUGAAAGCCAUCUGCAGGAAGCUGGGAGACGCCACAACGAUCGGCAAAGUGGUCUUUGAAGAUUUCGUUUACCUUCUUUACGCCACCGUCGCCAUAACUCAAUGGAGAGGGUUCUGGCUAAUCGCCGAUGAGCUUAUAUUCCCGACCAAUCAGAAUCUCAGUCUGUGGCUCACUCACUCGGCAGGAUUUGGAGGUCUUAUGUUGAUGUUCGUGUCCAAUUCCGCGAUGUCGAGAGGGUGUGUUUUCGACGGUGCUCUGAAAGAUGGGGCGGAAGUUACUAUGGACAUUUCGUACCUGACUUACAUGGUCAGCUGGUGCAAACAUAGCAAAUCAAAAGAGAUUCCUGAAAUGGAAGCAAUCGUCGAAGAGAACUCAGAACCAACCAAAGUUUAAUGAGCAGGAAUCUAAACGAAACGCCACGUACAAGUAUCUGUAACUGACACACAAACCAAAACCCAACUCCAGACCACAUCUAAUGCUUGGCACACACUAGGCGAAUAACACCGACGCGGCAGUGGAGUCGGCACUAGUCGCAGACUGUGCACUAGCGCAGUCAAACCGAUUCAUUUGAACGUUUAUUUACAUUCAAACCGACUGUACAGAACUUGUAUUUACACUUAAGACAACGACACUGAACUUGUAUGUAUACUCAAGCCGACUCAACUGAACUUUUAUUUACACUUAAACCGACUCAACUGAACUUUUAUUUACAUUCAAAACUACUCAACAAAACUUUCAUUUACUCUCAAACUGACAAAAGUGAACAUUUUUUACCACUCAAACCGACUCAAAUGAACUUUUAUUUCACCCCAGCUGUAAUUCAACGGCAUAUGAGGUACAUAGUUCAGUUAAACCCUACUAAACCGGACACCCUUGUACCAAGUAAAAUGUCCGAUUAUAAGAGGUGUAUGGUUUAGAGAGGUUAUGUUCUGUACUGAUAUUUUAAAAUUACCGGUUAUGGGGGAAUUCUGGUUUACAGAGAGUCCGGUUUUCAUAGGUUGCAGUAUAUAAGUAAAUAGAGACUAACUAGUUAAUGACAUAGGCUAUGUUUUUAUCUCGGUUGGAAUGUACUUCCGCGCCAUAAAAGAAGUAGAUAAUACUACACGAGUGUUCGUUGGAUACCGUUUAUCUCACAACGAGUUGUUUUAAAAUGUAUCUAAACCAGCGAAACAAUCAAACUGCAUAGGUUAAAUAUUUAUCCCUUUUUUGAUACAGGUGUGAAGGCAACUGGUGGAAGUCAUGUAAUCGUAUUUCUUCCUUUAUGCUAAUCACAGACUACCAACUGCCAGCACAACGUUCGCCAAAUUUCUGCUCCCACGACUUCUACGACUGUCCGGUUGCUAGUCUGGGCGCUUUUACAACUCGAAUCUUAUUGUAUAACCCAUUAGUUGUUAAUCUGAUCUGUUACUCAGGAGUUGGAGAAAUUACAACGUGACAGUCCAGUGGGCACACUUCGUUGUAACAGCAUUAUGCUAGGCACAGACUGUCAAUUGUCAUCUACACAGUUGUAAAUGCAUUGUGCUAGGUACAGACUGUCAAUUGUCAUCUCCACAGUUGUAGCACCAUUAUGCUAGGCACAGACUGCCAACUGUCAUCUCCACAGUUGUAACAGCAUUGUGUUAGGUACAGACUUUCAAUUGUCAUCUCGACAGUCGUAACAGCAUAAUGCUAGGCACAGACUGUCAAUUGUCAUCUCGAUAUUAGUAACAGCAUAAUGCUAGGCACAGACUGUCAAUUGUCAUAUCCACAGUUGUAACAGCAUAAUGCUAGGCACAGACUGUCAAUUGUCAUCUCGACAGUCGUAACAACAUAAUGCUAGGCACAGACUGUCAGUUGUCAUCUCCAAUUUGUAACAGCAUUGUGCUAGGUACAGGCUGCCAAUUGUCAUCUCCACAGAUGUAGCAGCAUUAUGCUAGGCACAGACUGUCAAUUGUCAUCUCGACAGUCGUAACAGCAUAAUGCUAGGCACAGACUGUCAAUUGUCAUCUCGACAUUAGUAACAGCAUAAUGCUAGGCACAGACUGUCAAUUGUCAUAUCCACAGUUGUAACAGCAUUGUGCUUGGCACAGGCUGCCAAUUGUCAUCUCCACAGAUGUAGCAGCAUUAUGCUAGGCACAGACUGUCAAUUGUCAUCUCGACAGUCGUAACAGCAUAAUGCUAGGCACAGAUUGUCAAUUGUCAUCUCGACAUUGGUAACAGCAUAAUGCUAGGCACAGACUGUCAAUUGUUAUCUCGACAGUUGUAACAACAUAAUGCUAGGCACAGACAGUUAAUUGUCAUAUCCACAGUUGUAACAGCAUAAUGCUAGGCACAGACUGUCAAUUGUCAUCUCGAUAGUCGUAAAAACAUAAUGCUAGGCACAGACUGACAAUUGUCAUCUCGACAGUUCUGUCAAUUGUCAUCUCGACAGAUGUAGCAGCAUAAUGCUAGGCACAGACUGUCAAUUGUGAUCUCGACAGUUGUAACAUCAUAAUGCUAGGCACAGACUGUCAACUGUCAUCUCGACAGUUGUAGCAGCAUAAUGCUAGGCACAGACUGUCAAUUGACAUCUCGACAGAUGUAGCAGCAUAAUGCUAGGCACAGACUGUCAGUUGUCAUCUCGACAGUUGUAUCAGCAUAAUGCUAGGCACAGACUGUCAACUGUCAUCUCGACAGUUGUAGCAGCAUAAUGCUAGGCACAGACUGUCAAUUGUCAGCAGAAAGUUAGUCAUCGCGACGGAUGCAUUGCAAUUUCCCCAGUUCCCGACUUAUAGAUGUGUAUAUUGACUGUUCUAGCAUUUUGUUUUCACAUAGAGAUUUUAAAAAAGUAUUUGAGUUUGUAUGGGUUUAAAACAAUAUUUUGUUACAUGAAUUUCAACUUUAUUCCUUAUAGAUUUGCAUUGCAAUUCAUCUGUUCCAUGUUAAGACAAACGGACAAUAAAGUGAAAUAUGUUUGCACGUCGUUAACGAUUAAAGUGGCAUAGCAUCAUAGUUACAUCAGUCAUAUUUCUCCAUACAAUUUGUUUUACAUUUAUCUGAUAUUUUUUGACAAUUUAAUCUUGGUAUAAAUAACUGGACAAUACCUAUAUUCCAAUGAGUUUGCACGCAGCUGUUAACCAGUAAAUAUGUCAUAUGGUCAUAGUGCAAUGAGUCAUAUUUCUCUAUACAAUAUAUGUUACAUUUAUUUCACAAUUUAAUAUUGACAUUUGACUGGAUAAUUAACUGAACAUCAUCUAAAUUGCAGUGUGCUUUCACGCCGUUGAAUACUAUAAAUACGAUAUUAAUAUAUUAACAAUAUUCCUUUUGUUAUAGUUCUCUAUACAGCGAUUUUUACAUUCCAUUGCUAUACAUAAUGACAAAUUAACCUGUGGAAAUAUAACUGGACAAUAUCUAAAUUGUGAUCUGUCCCAUGCAGCUGUUGACCAUUAAAUAUGCUAUAUAUUUAUAGUGUCAUGAGUCAUAUUUCCCACGCAGCUGCUGACCAUUAAAUAUGCUAUAUUUUCAUAGUGUCAUGAGUCAUAUUUCCCACGCAGCUGUUGACCAUUAAAUAUGCUAUAUGUUCAUAGUGUCAUGAGUCAUAUUUCUCUAUACAAUAUAUUUUUCUUUUACCUGACAUUUGACAAUUUAAUCUUUGCAUAAAUAACAGAACAAUAUCUCAUUUGCAAUGUUAACCAUUAAAGAUGCCAUGUUAGUAUAUUAUCAUAGUUACUUGUGUCAUAUUUACCCAUGUAAUAUGUUUAACAUUUAUUUCUUGUACAUGAUGACAAAUUAGUGUAUACAAAAAUAUCUGGAAAAUAUAUAAAUUGUAAUGCGUUGCCACGCAACUGUUAACUAUUAAAGUGCCAUAUCAUCAUAGUUACAUAUGUCACAUUUUAUCUAUGCAAUGUGUUUUACAUUUAUCUAACAAUUGACAAUGUAAUCAUAACACGCAGCUGGUAAUCAUUAAAUAUGCUAUAUUAUCAUAGUGCCAUGAGCUAUAUUUCUCUAUACAAUAUAUUUUACAUUUAACCAUUGAAGACUAUAUUAUGAUACUUACAUGUGUCAUGUUUUGCUAUUCAGUGUAUUUUACAUAUAUUAAGAUACUUACAUGUGUCAUGUUUUGCUAUUCAGUAUAUUUUACAUUUAUUUAUUAUACAAAAUGACAAAUUAUUAUUUGUAUAAAUAACUGGGCAAUA